AUGGCGCCCUGCGAGUCCCCGUCCGCCCUCGCGCUCUCCGCCACCACGUGGGUUAGCAGCAGCCUCCCACUGACGCUGGCGCUGGCGCCGCGGCCGCGGCCGGAGGCGCGUGUGCCGCGCGCGCCCGGCGCCCAGCUCCGCCCGUCGACCGCGUGCUCUUGGGCGCGCCCCUUGCUGCCCGAGCUCGCGGCGGCCGGCGCCCGCGGCACCGGCAGGGCGCAGCCGCUGUUCCGGCCUCGCGCAUUGAUGACGACGUCUCAGAUUGCCAGCUGUGCCUUCACCCUGGGCACGGUCGCCGUCCUCCCCUUCUACACCCUCAUGAUCGUCGCCCCCAACGCCGACAUCACCAAACGCACCGUGGAGAGCAGCGCUCCGUACGUCGCCCUAGGCCUCCUCUACGCCUACCUGCUCUACCUGUCUUGGACCCCCGACACCCUGCUGCUAGCCAUGUUCGCUAGCAGGUACUGGCUCCCUGAGUUGCCGGGCAUCGUCAGGAUGUUGGCGAGCGAGAUGACCGUAGCCUCUGCGUGGAUCCACCUCCUAGCAGUCGACCUCUUCGCGGCAAGGCAGGUGUACCACGACGGCCUCAAGAACAACAUCGAGACCAGGCAUUCGGUCUCGCUGUGCCUGCUCUUCUGCCCGGUUGGGAUCCUGGCUCAUGUGGUGACCAAGGUAUUGGCAGGGGCAGUUGGCCGCUCACAUUGA